AUGAAUCCUACGUUUUACUUUGUUCUUGCCUUCACCGCGGUCUUGGCCGCAAACGUAUGUGGUGCGGUUCUUGACAUCGACGGCGACAUCAUUUUUCGUGGAAGUUACUAUGUUCUCCCCUUCGUCCGCGGCCGAGGCGGCGGCCUGACGCUAUCAGGCCGCGGGGGCGAGAUAUGUCCUCUCGACAUCGUGCAAGAAUCUUCGGAGAUCGACGAGGGUAUCCCCGUAAAAUUCUCAAACUGGGCUCCCAAAAUUGCGUCCGUUCCCGAAUCAUCGAACCUUAACAUCGAGACGGUCGUUGGAGCCACUAUCUGCAUCCAGUCAACGUACUGGCGAGUCGGUGAGUUCGAUAAGGAGAGGAAGCAGUACUUCGUGGUGGCUGGUCCUAAGCCAGAAGGGUUUGGACAAGAUUCCUCGAAAAGUUUCUUCCAGAUCGUUAAAUCUAGAGAUGACACUUACAAGUUUGUCUUCUGUCCUCGGACUUGCGACUCUGGCCGUCCGAAAUGCAGCGAUGUCGGGAUAUUCGUGGAUGAAAUCGGCGUUCGGCGUUUGGCCUUAAGCUCUAAACCGUUCUUGGUUAAGUUCAAGAAAGCUAAUGUGACCGAGAUCUCGUCCAAGACUAUGUAA